AUCGAACACGCUUUUGCUGCCUGGCCGUCGAAGCGACACCGUAUCGCGACACACAAUCCAGCUCUGGGACCCUCUUCGACGCCUCGAAUCGCGACUCCUCCGGUUUUUCGGCCAACACGAUCACGGCCCGCGGAUCAUACUCGUUCAAACGUCACGCAGCGAUUGGAUCGGUGCAAGCUCCGCUCGUAACAUCACAGAUGCUGUCGAGAAGGACCCGAGGACUCGACGAGUUAACAGUGUCGAGCACGAGAUUCUCUUGGAAACCGUCUUUUUAUUCGAAGACUCCGUGUUAGAACUCGAGAGAGGGAGAGAGAGAAAGAGAGAGAGAGAGAAAAGAGAGAGAGAGAGGAGAGAGAGAGGACGAGGUGUUUGAGGACUAGGUGAAUACCGUUGUAAGAUCGUUGGUGUGCGAUUGUAUCAGGACGAGAGUUAUCGAGCAAGAUUCGUUAGGUGAUCCAUGUCAUCAAGCGUCAGCUGGAUGAUCGAGAAUUCCCGUACAAGUUUCAUUGGAGCUUGAUGGAAGGAGGAGUUUAAAGAUGGAAGACUUCUCGUAGAAGAAUGACUAAUUGCUGUGAAUAAGGAGGGCUCGUGAAGAAAGUUUGAGGACAUUGUUCGAGUAAGUGACGCGUAACGGAUACUUGUUUCUUGCGCGUCGAUCAGCUGGUUCGACGGAACUUUCUGAUCGGAAAUUCACGUCUGCGAUCUUCGGAAACUGUCGGGCAUGUGCAUCUGCCUCGAGGGCAAAUCUAAGGAUCGAACAGGUCGACCGAACUUUCAACGACUCGCCACCAAAAUUCACGAGAACCUACAGAUACCGAUGGAAACAGGCAAGCUCCGCCACGUACAUCUCGAACAGUGCGUUUAUUAACCGAACAACGAUACAAUUCAACAAGUGUUUGCAAACCAAAGUGCCAAAGCAAGAACAGAAAUCUGAAAGACGCGUUGUCAGUCUGAUGUUUCCAAAGUGUCGUCGACGAAUCUUAUCCGCACGUCCAAGUAUAUAUUAUCGAAAGUAAUAAAUAAUAUACGACGAGAAACUGGUGUCAGUGUUAAACGAGGGCACGAGUAAAUCAUCGUUGUGUCAGUGAUCGGGAAGACUGUAGGGGAACGGUUGGCGGGAAGAGAACGUUUGGGGUAGAUCGUGGAUCUCGCGAGCGCGUCGCACGGUAAAGGGGUUCGGAAGGUCGACGGUGAUCCGCGAGGGUGCGGAGGUAAUCGGGAAAGUGUUGUUCAGCCACGAGUCCAGGAUUCUCACCCCCGGAGGCGGUACCAUUUCACCCGGGGGCGCGGGGCCACCCGCGAGCCCUUCUUCGGGACACUAUCAUCCACCUACGCAUAGUCCACCCCUGGUCAAGAUUGGAUCAGUUCACACUCACCAGCCGAACAAUAACCACCACCACACUCAUCAUCAGCAACAGCAGCAGCAACAACAACAACAACAGCAGCAGCAGCAACAACAGCAGUCGAGUCAACCGCAGGUGCCAGGGGCAGGUGGAGGUGGAGGGCCGGGGGGUGGGACGGUGGCCAGGCCAGGCGGCAUGUUCUGCUACCACUGCCCCCCGGGUCUUCCAACGCCACGGUUACCACCCACCCUCGAGUACCCAUUCGCUGCCACUCACCCUUACACUAGUUACUCCGCGUAUCAUCCAGCCUUGCACGGAGUCGGCGAGGAUUCUUUCGUGAGACGAAAGCAAAGGAGGAACAGAACCACGUUCACUCUUCAACAACUAGAGGAACUGGAGUCAGCGUUUGCGCAGACACAUUAUCCGGAUGUCUUCACGAGAGAGGAUCUGGCGAUGAAGAUUAACCUCACCGAGGCCAGGGUUCAGGUAUGGUUUCAAAAUCGUAGAGCAAAGUGGAGGAAAAGCGAACGUUUGAAGGAGGAACAGAGAAAAAGAGAAGGUAACGGGGGAGGUGGUGCAUUGGAAACGACAGGCCUGGCACCGCCAACGUCUUCGUCGGCAGGUCCAAGUCCCACAGGACACGACCCUGAAGGAACAACAAGCAGCAGCGCCCCUGACGCGGAGGAUGCCGGCCCAGAUGGAGCUGGCGGAUCGAGGAGCCCCAGCACGACUUCCGCGUCGGUCAGUCCGCGGCCUCAGCAGAGUCAGCCGUCCUUGGGUGGCGUCUCGACGCCACCGCCAACCCCCAUAAGGGCGCCGCCGCCACCACCUAGCACCAUGGGGGGUCUCGGCCCACCCGGCGAGAGCGGCCCAGGAUUGGCGGCGGGUUUCAGGCCAGUCGAACCACCCACGUCUCUGUUCUUCUCUCCGCACUUGGCAGCGCAAUUUUCCCCGCCGCUCUUCGGUAACAAGGUGGUCAGUAGCGCGCCAACAUCGCUAACCUCGACGACUCCGUCGCUCUGGACCUCGAGCGAUCAUCGACCUGGAAGCUUGCAGGACAUGUUGUCCUGGUCUCCGGCCGGAUGGCCAGGUUCCCUGUGUGGCUGCUGCAAGCCUGGAACCGGGGAUCUUCACAGGAACAGCAGCCUGGCCGAGCUAAGAAGAAAAGCUCAGGAGCACUCGACCGCUUCCGCGCUUCUCGGUGGGCUGGCCGGUUUCCCUGGAGGUUUACCGUUGCCGUUGCCCCUGCCGUUGCUGCCGCCGUUGUUGGGGCUGUCCAGGAGGCCUGAACACCAUCAUCAUCAUCUACCGAGCAUGGUGCACCAGAUACAGCCGACCACAAAAGAGGAUCCCUAGGAUCGCGUGCAGCGCUCGCCUGACGGGCUCGUCGCCCCUUGACACUGGGCAUGGCAUGUAUUUGUUUCAAGACGUUGGUUCAUGUUUCUCCUAUUCUCUUACGGUUUCGCUUCGGUUUCGUUUAAGAAUGACGAUAUUAGGGGAACGGUUGGCGAAUUUCUCAAGAAAAGGCCUCGAGGUUUGAAAACUGAUGAUUUCUUGCGCGGGACUGCAGAUCUAUUUGUUUAAUGGGAAAUUUAUUCGUUUCGAUCUAAACGUCGUUCCUUUAGAAAGUUACUUGGUGUUCGAUCAAAAGAUGAAAACAGGCUGAUAAUCAAACGACUUUAAGGAACUGAAUGAUCCGUUUGAAGCGAAAUUUGCCGAAACUAUAUUAAACGAAAGUACAAUGAAAGCCGAAGCUUUCGAAACUUCUUUUACCUCGUUUCUCGUUUAGUUAUAGAAAAGAUUAAAAGAUAUAAUUGUAAUGUAACUAAUUAAAAUUUACGUCCACGAUAACGAAAAAUCAAAGUAGGAUACACGCGGUUAGAUGACACAAUCAUUAGACGAUUUAUAUAUUCUUUCAAACAUAAUUUCUCUUGUCUAGCGUGAACGCAGUUUUGCCUUAACGAAAGAAGCAUGAUUAACGAAAGUCUAAGAUCGCGUGACAAAUUUUACUUUUAUCGAAAUCGAAAAACACUCCUGAGAACUUUUACGGCCAUCUGUAGAUAAUUUACAAAUUACAGUGGACUGUCGCCAAUAAACAGACUAUGAACGAUAAACUGAUCACCAACGCUGUACGACUAAGUACUCGUUCUUCUGGUUCAAAUACGAGAACGGAUCGUCGAUCGCAACGACCAACACGUGCCUGAUGCGCUCUAUACUUAAUUGACGAAAUCAAAUGUUUCGAUCUGCGCAGGAACGUUCGAAUAUCCGUUAUCGAGCAUUUUUGAAUUAAUUUCAUUUGUAAACGAAAUGGAUAUCCGUAUUACUGUGAUGACAAAGAAAUUCUGUAGUUGCAAAGUAAGUAGAAAACAUAGAUAUUUAAUGUCGUUGUAGAAGUAACAU